CCCUACGUCGGAUUCUCUCAGCUUAAGUCCGGCCAUGGUGUGCAGCGUGUUGUGGGUCGGUUGCUCCGAUUUUGGUCUGCUCGCAACGUCAAAAAAGAAGGCCAACUGAUGGGCGUUGACCUCCUCCUCAUAGAUGAAUCGUCUACAUUAAUGCAAGGUUCGAUUCACCUCCACCACCUCUCAACAUUUGAGCCACUGCUACAUGAGGGAUCAAUGUAUGUUAUCACUGGGUUCGAAGUCACCAGGAGUAACCACCGAUUCAAGAUGACCGACUUCAACCUCUCCAUCCGCUUCAAUGAGAGGACUUCAUUGGUCCAAAUUCAAGAAUCUUUCUGCAACAUACCAACUGAGCUUUUCCGCUUCCACUCUCAUCAAGAACUUCCCUCAAUACACAUCAUCGGCCAAGUCUGCACAACAAAAGCAUAUCGCAAUGAAGCUACAGAAGCCUUGGAAAGAAUGUUGGUCCACCUCUGUCUCGAAAGCGGUGAGAAAGUCUGGCUCAGUGCUUUUGAUGCACACGCAACCUCACUGAACCAGAUCUUUGGCACCAAAGAAGCUGGGACAUGUGUGAUGUUAGCCACUAAUAUUAAUCCGAAGUAUUUUGGAGGUGAGUUAUAUCUGAAUGCAACAGCCGCCACAAAAUUCUACUUUGACGAUGAGAUGGAGGCUACGAGAGGUUUCCUGCCAAGGUUGACGAGCAACUACAAAGACGGGAUCCAAUCUCUUGAGAUAUAUCAUGGGGUCCAAAAGAUUGAACAUCUUACCAUUGCGGAACUCAACGACUUUCUGAUCAAGUCAAACCUCAAAGAGGCCGAGUUCUUAUGCACUGCCACCGUUGUUGAUAUUCUCUCCACUAACGGAUGGAGUUACAUAUCAUGCUCCAAAUGUGCUAAGAAGAUGACCAGAGAGCAAACAACCCUAACAUGCAACAACUGCCACUCCAUCGAUGCCGUGGGAGAUGUCAAAUAUCGAGUGGAAUUGGUUGUGGAUGAUGGUACUACCGGGUCAGUUUUUGUAGCUUUUGACAAAGACAUGGUGAAAUUGACAAAUAUGCAGGCUUCACAAAUUGUCACGGAACAGGAUGACACACAUCUAAAUAACAGCGCCCUUCCACAGCAAAUCCUCGACAUUGUUGGAAAGAAAUUCACAUUCCACAUCAAACUUACCUCAUUCAAUUUCACUACUCACCAUCGGUCAUUCACAGUCUCACGUAUAUUUGACAAGCUUCAAGAUGCCCCAAAGCCUACCUUUGUUGAAAAGCAGCCGGUUCAUGUAAACCUGGGAACCAAUAGCCCUGCCUCCACAAGGGUCGUCAUC